AUGUCGCGAUCAUCCUCGUCCUCAGACGAGACGCGCGCUCCCAACACCCCCGCCGAGUAUGCGAGCCCGACCGCGGCCGCCGAUGCGCAUAACAAGCGCACCACCAACGGAGCCGCGCAAGGUGGGCCGGGCAACCUCGCCGCCCCUCUCAAGACCGUCGGCGAACGCAACGAGUUGCAACGCACCACGACCGCGACCCGCCACGAACAAUUCAACUACUUUGACCGGGAAGGUGCCGCCGAGCUCGAACGUCGCCUGUCGCGAAUCCAGAGCUCGUAUAGCACCACGACGCAGGACCCGACCGCCGAAGACUUUGACUUUGAGACCCACCUCAAGCACCUCAUCCGCAAGGCCGAUAGCCAAGGGCUCCAGCGUCGCGAGAUCGGUGUCACGUUCAAGGAUCUCCACGUCACCGGUGAAGGAAGUGGCCUCAGCUACGGCGACACCCUCGGUAGCUUGCUCUCGGCGCCGCUCCGUCUGGGUUCGAUGAUCAAGUCGAUGCGCCACCCAGUGCGCAAGAACAUCCUUGUCGAUUUUACGGGAACGGUCAAGCCUGGAGAGAUGCUGCUCGUUCUCGGACGGUAAGUGACUUGCUGCUUUGCAGAAGCACUCAUCGGCGGGUCGCGAUCUUCGACAUGUUCUCACCGUCGACGCUGACGUUCUGAAAACCCCGUCCUGUGAUUCGUGCAUAGACCUGGGAGUGGUUGCAGCUCGCUCCUCAAGACGCUGUCCAACAAUACCGAGGCUUUCACUUCGGUCGAAGGUGCCGUCUCCUUCGAUGGUGCCUCGGCCGACGAGAUGCGAAAGCACCGUGAGUAUUAUCAUUUCACUCCCCUUCUUGUGCGAAGCUCCUGUCUCCUCUUGGAGCUGACGAUCUCUCCCUGACCCCGCAUAGACGCCGGCGAUGUCGCUUACCUCCCUGAGGACGACCACCAUCUUCCGAGCUUGACGGUCGGUCAAACCCUGGACUUUGCCGCCAAGACGCGUACGCCCGCCAGUGGUGCCCGCUUGGGCUCUCGAGAUGAACAAGCCAACCUCAUCAAGGACACACUCGUUACCUUAUUUGGUCUGCGACACACCCUCAACACCAAAGUAGGAAACGAUAUCAUCCGUGGUGUCUCCGGAGGUGAAAGAAAACGUGUCUCAAUCGCCGAGCUGUUGACGACGGGCUGCAAGAUUGGCUGUCACGACAACUCGACCCGAGGUCUCGAUGCCUCGACCGCUCUCGAGUACACGCGCGCCUUGCGCAUCGCGACCGACAUCUCGCAUUUGACGACGAUUUUGUCGAUCUACCAGUGCGGUCAAAAUAUCUUCGAGAUGUUCGACAAGGUCUGCAUUAUCUACGAUGGUCGCAUGGUAUUUUUCGGCAAGAUGUGAGUCGCGCUGCGAUACAGGCAACGGCGGUCGGCUGAUUUCAAUUGGAGCUAAUUUCGUUGCCUUGUUGUUUGCCUAUUGCAGGGGAGACGCGGUGCAAUACUUUGUCGACAUGGGCUACGAGCCUCAGCCUCGUCAGACGUCGGCCGACUUCUGCGUCGCCGUUACUGACCCCAACGGUCGAUUCGUUCGCAAGGGCUUUGAGGGUCGUGUGCCCAGGACGGCAGAGGAGUUCGCCGAGCACUGGCGCAAGAGCGAGCUCGGCAAGCAGAACCUCGCCGAGGUUGAGAAGGAGCUCCAGCACCACGAAUCAGACGGUGCCCACGAGCAGCUCGAGGCAUUCCGCGAGUCGGCCAAGCUCGAGAAGGCCAAGCACCUCAGCAAGGACUCCAAGUACCUCAUCUCAUACCCGAUGCAAGUCCGUCUCGCGUGCAAGCGUCGAUACCAGCUACAGAUGGGUGAGCUUUCGACGCUCAUGGUCACGACCAUCGCCGCCAUCUUCCAAGCUCUCAUCAUCGGUUCGGUCUACUUCCAAAUGCCCAAGAACACGUCCGGCUUCUUCUCACGCGGUGGUGUUAUCUUCUUCGCGAUCCUGUACAACUCGUUCACCGGUAUGGCCGAGAUCACCACCGCCUUCAGCCAGCGCCCCAUCAUCGUCCGCCAACGCCAGUACGCGAUGUUGCAUCCCUCGGCCGAUAUGUUUGCGCUCAACCUGGUCGAUAUCCCCUUCAAACUCGUCACCAUCUUCUUCUUCGACGUCAUUCUCUACUUUAUGAGUGGUCUGCAGAACUCGGCGUCGCAAUUCUUCGUCUUCUUGCUCUUCACCUUCGCUGCCAAUCUAGCCAUGCUCGCGCUCUUCCGUUCGCUCGCCUCCAUCAACCGCAAAGAGGUUCGUCCGCGCAUCUUGUCGGUCUAUGGGGGUUGAAUGGACAUGAGCUGACCUGCACUCUUCAUUACGCUAUUUUGACAGCCACCUGCCACCAUGAUGGCCGGUAUUCUGGUCUUGAUCAUCGCCAUCUACGUCGGUUACACGAUCCCUCGCCCCAGCAUGAAACCCUGGUUCCGCUGGCUGUCGUACGCGCAGCCCGUCUCUUUCGGUUUCGAGGCCCUCAUUGCGAACGAAUGUAAGUCGAGCCACGCCUACGAUCUAUCACCUCGACUGCCACUAGAGCUCGGCAACCUGAUUCUUGACCUAUUCUUCUCACGUAGUCCGAACCCUCGACGUCCCUUGUGCCGGCCUCGUCCCUAGCGGAGCGGGCUACGCAAACGUCGCCCUCGCCAACCAAGUCUGCACCGUCGCGGGCUCGCGCACGGGUGAAUCCAUCGUCAUUGGUGCGGAUUACUUGCAGGCGUCCUUCGGCUACACCUACGCCCACACUUGGCGCAACCUUGGCAUCGUCCUCGGUUACUUCGUCUUCUGGCUCGCGGUCAACUUGAUCUCGUCCGAGUUCCAGCCCGACGAGUCCGCCGCCGGUGGCGUCAUGAUCUUCAAGCGUGGAGCGGCGCCCAAGGAGCUCGAAAACGCCCUCCAAGGUGUCUCCGAUGGCAGCGACGAAGAGGCCGGCUCCGCGGCCGAACGUGUCGAGGAGCACCAAUUGUCUGACGAGGAAAAGGAGAAAGCCGCCGAGGGACUCAAGGCCGCGACCGAAAUUUUCACUUGGCGCGAUGUUUGCUACGAUGUCCAGAUCAAGGGCGAGACGCGCCGCUUGCUCGACAAUGUCGCGGGCUACGUCAAACCGGGCAAGAUGACUUGCUUGAUGGGCGAAUCCGGCGCUGGUAAAACGACCUUGCUCAACGUUCUCGCUCAGCGCGUCACGACCGGUGUCGUCACGGGUGACAUGUGCGUCAACGGCAAGCCUCUUCCCGUCUCCUUCCAACGCGAAACCGGUUACUGCCAACAGCAAGACACGCAUUUGGCGACUGCUUCCGUCCGCGAGGCGUUGCAGUUCUCGGCCCGCCUUCGUCAGCCCGCCUCGGUUUCGACCGCGGACAAGGAUGCCUACGUCGAAGAGAUCAUCAAGCUCCUCGAGAUGGAGGCUUACGCCGAAGCACUGGUCGGUGAAGUCGGUAUGGGUCUCAACGUCGAGCAGCGCAAGCGUCUCACCAUCGGUGUCGAGCUCGCUGCCAAGCCGGCGCUGCUCAUCUUCCUCGACGAGCCGUCGUCGGGUCUCGACUCGCAGUCCUCUUGGUCCAUCAUGCAACUGCUCCGCAAGCUCGCCGAUCACGGCCAAGCUAUCCUCGCCACCAUUCAUCAACCGUCGUCCGAACUCUUCCAGGUGUUCGAUCGCUUGCUUCUGCUCAAGAAGGGUGGCCAGACCGUCUACUUUGGUGACCUCGGUGAGAACUCGGAGACGCUCAUCAAGUACUUCGGUGAUCGAUCAGACAUGAAGUGCCAGGAGUCGGACAAUCCUGCUGAGUACAUUCUCGAAGGUGAAUUCGUUUUCCGAUUCUCUCAGAAAAUCAUGGAGGCUGACGGACGGUGUUGAUCGACUUGCCCAGUCAUCGGAGCCGGUGCGGGAGCCAAGACCAAGCAAGAUUGGCACGCGCUUUGGAGGGAGUCCGACGAGUAAGUCGCAAAUAUCUCCCCUGACUUUCAGAAAUAGCCUUAGCUUAGACGAUGUCUCCUAUCUUGCUUCAGGAACAAGACCGUUCAACGCGAGAUCGACGAGUACCACCGCGAAUAUGCCAACAAAGAAUCAGCUGCUUCCGCCGACCCCGACUCCGGCCGAGGCUACGCUGCGCACACUGGAACCCAGCUCAAGAUUGUUUGCCAGAGAGUGUUUGCUAACUAUUACCGGGACAGCACUUACCUCAGUACGUAACUUACCAAGGCCUGUCGCGCACGGCGCCAUGCGAUCCAGGAUGCUAAAAUUUUCGAUUCCAUGAACGCUCGCAGUUGCCAAGAUCAUGUUGAACAUUGUCGCCGGUCUGUUCAUCGGCUUCAGUUUCUACAAGACGCCUAUGUCGCUCAGUGGUCUCCAGAACAACCUCUUCGCCGUCUUCAUGGCCGUCGUGCUGGCAGCCCCCUUGUCACAGCAGCUCCAGCCCAAGUUUAUCGGUCUCCGCACGCUCUACCUUGCCCGCGAGCGGCCCUCGCGGAUGUACAACUGGCCCGUCAUGGUCUUUGCCAAUGUCGUCGCCGAGAUCCCGUGGAACAUCUUCGCUGGAACGCUCUUCUUCUUGUGCUGGUACUUCACCUGCGGCUUCGAUUCGAGCCCUGAUCGAGCCGGCUACGCUUACUUGCUCUACGCCGUUCUGUUUGAGCUGUACUUCGCUUCCUUCGCCCAGUUCGUUGCCGCUAUGUCGGCCAACAGCAUGAUCGCGUCCGUUCUGUUCAGUUGCUUAUUCAGUUUCGUCAUCAUUUUCAACGGUGAGUGCCUGAACAUUGCAAAGGCUCUUGCAGCAAGGAGUUGAACCUCAUCCUUACCAUCGUCAUUCACUGCUAUCCCCCUUUAGGUGUUGUCCAACCGGUCGCCCAAUUGCCCAAGUUCUGGUCGUCUUGGAUGUACCACUUGACGCCUUUCACUUACUUGAUUGAAGGUCUCGUGGCCAACGCUAUCGGUGGCAAGACGGUCACUUGCGGCCAGCAAGAGUUCCAAGUCGUUGUCCCACCUGCUGGCCAAGGCUGCGUCGAUUACCUAUCGGCCUACACCUCCCGUGCUGGCGGUUACGCCCAGGUCCUCGACAACGGAUCGUGCGGUUUCUGCACCUACCGAAACGGCGACGAGUUCUUGGCCACCGUCGGCAUGAAGUACAGUCAUCGAUGGCGCGAUGUCGGCAUCUUCUGCGCUUACAUCUGCUUCAAUUACUUCGCCGUCUUUGCUUUGACCUACAUUGUAAGCGCGCACUGUCGACUACAGAGCUCCCAGUAAUUGCAGUGUUCCGAGCACUGAUCCCGCCUCACCUUUCUCGUCCACAGUUCAGCAUCGCCGACUUCAAGAUGUCAGCUUCCUUCUUCUCCAAGAAGGGGAAGAAGACCCGAGAACCCCAGAAGCAAGACGCCGAAAAGGUGGAGGAAGCCGAAGGAAGCGGUUCCCGAGUCUUGCCGCUCUGA